CUGAAUGACGCUUUGUGUUGAGUACAAUAGUGAAUGGCACUGGUUGUGUGUAGAGGACUGAAGGGGAAAAAAGCAGAAAGUUUGAAAAUACGAGCUGUUAUGGUCAGGACCUACGAUGAGCUGUGUUCAUUGACGUUGCCUCUGAGCAGCAGUAUCACCCAAGCCAUUUUGUUUGUGAUUCAGUUGGACCUCAGUGGAAGAAAUGAGAGCUCUGGAUCCAGCUGGAGGUGUCAGGAGAUCUCUGGACUUCUCUCCAGCCCCAGCAGUCCGCAGAGUGGAGAUAGAGCGUGGCAGAGCUGGAUACGGAUUUACAGUGGUUGGCCAGGCUCCUUGUGUCCUGAGUGGGAUAAUGAAAGGAAGUCCAGCUCAUGAUGCUGGGUUGAAGCCUGGCGACUGUGUUGUGAGUGUGAAUGGCACCGAUGUGUUGUCAGCUUCACACGAAACCGUGGUGGAGCUCAUUGGUUCCUCGUUACGAUCGCUUAGUUUACUGGUCUCAUCAGGUGACAGACAUUCAGUAAAUUUUGCCUCCAGUUCCCUGGCUUUUCAGGGAAAGCUGAAUGAAACAUGGUCAAAUCCAGGACAGAUGGAAUCUUAUGAGAAAGGUAGAGGUGAGUCAGUGGGCAGUUUUAACACUGUUUUGGAAAUUCCAGGUCAGGCUUGUGCUAGUGGAUCAAAAAAACAACCUAAACAGAGACCCAGAUCAGAACCAGAUAUGUCUUACUGGUCUUAUCGGUGUCAGUCAAAACACAACCCACAUGUACCUGACCAGGAGGAACCAUUGCGUGUUGUGAGUAAAGAUUCAGUUUUCUCAGAAUUUCAGAGUCAGCAUGAUAUUUUACCUGACUCCAGUGCUCUGAACGUGGGAAUGGUGGUAGGAUACAUAAACUCCAUGGAAUUGGAUCUAGUUAUUUCCCACUCUGAAGAGGAAACCUUACGAGCCAUAAGGGAAUGUAUCGCUCAAAUUGCAACAGAGCAAAAAACCCAUUACCUGGUGAUGAUGAGGGUCAUGUGUAAUUGUGUGCAGCUUUGUGAUGACAGGGAUGUGGUUUUGGCAGCGUACCCUGCAGAGAACCUGGUUUUGUGUGCAGUAUGUACUGAAGACACUCGGUUUUUUGGUGUCGUUUCAAAGGAGGCGACCAAAACCGACUCCAAAAAAGCAGAGCAAAGCACUUGCAUAAAGACUUUAUGUCAUGUAUUCAUCAUAGACCCAGAACUCUGUGAUCACAGUGAGCAUAAAAGCAUCUCUGAUCACUUUGGCUUCUCAUGCACUGCUGACCCGGACACCCAGGAUUGUCUGGAGUUUCCCCAGAAUCCAUAUUCACUGUUAAACUUUGUGUCAGUCCUCUACACUGACAUGGGAGACCAUAUUGAGAAGCUGAGACUCAAACUGGAUAAUGAGGACUGUGAUGAACAGCCAAGCACCCGAAACAGUGGCAGUGGGGACAGCGGGAUUGGAAACGUGUCUCCAGAGGAUAAGCAAAGUUUUGCUGACCAGUGGAGUCUUACAUCUCCAAACAGUUCCCAUACAAUUUGGGAUAAAUCUCCAUGCAUCUCCCAGCAGAGCAAUGGACCAUCUCUAAGGCCAGAGCGUAGGUGCCUACUCACUGAGCCAUUUCCUGUCCCUGUCCCUCCACAAACAAAUGCAUCUAUUGGAGAAGACGUUUCAGUUAGUGUGCCUUUAAAUUCUGUUUCCAAGUGUAAAGAACUACAACUGCCUGAAAAUAAGACCAAACGGAGAGGAAGUCAGCGCUGGCCCUCUGUUAGUAUCCGGGCUCGCUGGCAGAAGCCUCGACCUACCAGCCUUGACAGCUUGGCUGACAGUGAUACCAGUGGACCCAAAGCUAAAAACAGCACUUUACCACCUGCCAUGGAUCAAAUCCCUCCAAUGAGAUACAAAACACCUGGUGACCUCGCGUACGAUUUGACUUUAAAAUUGUUUAGCGGUGGAUCCAAGAGUAAGGAUGGAGAAAACAAGGGCUACAGAUUUUGGGGUCUCACAAGAGGACGCUCAUCCAUUCGACAAACCUCAGCUCGCAGCAACCGACUUAGUCUGGCUCGUUCACUUGAUGACCUUGAGACUGCGGCAUCAGAUGGUGAGAGAGGUGGUAUGGAGAGACGUGGCUUUGGAAGCAUUAACAGUUUGGAAAGUAACAGCAGCCUGCCCAGUGUCACCACCCAUCAUGCUCUCUCAGACCGCCGUGUAGCUGCAUGGGCCGUCUCCUUUGAACGCUUGCUACAGGACCCUGUUGGUGUUCGUUACUUCUCUGAGUUUCUGAAAAAGGAGUUUAGUGAGGAAAACAUUUUAUUCUGGCAGGCCUGUGAAUUCUUCAGCCAGGUUCCUGAACAUGACAAGAAGCAGCUUUCCCAAAAGGCCAGGGAGAUCUACAAUAGCUUUCUCUCCAGUAAGGCCACUACCCCUGUGAACAUUGACAGCCAGGCACAACUUGCAGAUGAUGUCCUCACAGCACCAAGGCCUGAUAUGUUCAAGCAGCCACAGCUACAGAUAUUUAACCUGAUGAAGUUUGACAGUUAUGCCCGGUUUCUGAAGUCCUCACUGUAUCAGGAGUGUAUGUUGGCUGAAGUGGAGGGUCGACCUCUCCCUGACCCAUACCAUGUGCCCUGUAGCCCCGCCCCCUCUAAGCACAGCUUUAUCUCAGAGCGCUCCACGUUCUCCACUCCAAAAAAGGACACUCGGAAGCCUAGAACAGGCAGGUCGAGUGAUGACCUAAGAGAUGACCCUGACAGGAGAAAUGGCAUUUUCUCCUGGUACAGAAACAGGAGCUUUGGUAAAGGUCCGAAGAAAAGAGAAAUAACAGAUUUCAAUUAUAACAGUAAUGGGCGGAGGGAGUCUCAGGGGUCUUUGUCUUCUGGUGCCAGUCAGGAGUUCAACACACCCUGCUCCACAUUGAGAAAUGAGAGGAGUUCCACAUGGGAGAGAGAUAAAUUAGGGCAAAGUAAGUCAUGCACAGUAGCACUCCCAGAUGGCUCCAGCUGCUGUGUGUGUCUGAAACAGGGAGCUUCCAUCAGACAAGUGCUGCUGGAGCUCUGCCACAAACAAAGCAUCAACAUGGCUGCUGUCGAUCUCUUUCUUGUCGGGGGAGAGAAGCCACUGGUGUUGGACCAAGACAGUAUAACUCUCAGUUCAAGAGACCUACGAAUGGAGAAGCGUACUCUGUUUAGAUUGGAUCUGGUGCCUAUUAACAGAUCUGUGGGCUUGAAAGCCAAGCCGACCAAACCCGUAGCCGAGGUGCUGCGGCCUGUGGUUGCCAAGUACGGCCUGCGCCUUAACGACCUGGUGGCUAGAAUAAGUGGAGAGACUGAGCCGCUUGAUUUAGGACUGCCCAUAUCAAACCUUGACGGCCUGCGAGUUGUCCUAGAGAGCUCAGAACCAAGCACUUCGAAUGAAAAGUCUAAGACGCUUCCCUCCAAAACUCAGGGACCAUCAGUGACCAGCAGGGGGCAGUCAACACAAGGAGAUCACAGACCAGCAGAGAAACCUGUGAAAGGGGAAGGAGGAGAUAAACCCCCAAUCAGCGAGACACCCCAGAAAAAGAAAGGCAAGAAGAUUCACCUAGAUGAAGCUGAAGAGUUCUUCGAGCUGCUGAGUCGUGCUCAGAGCAGCCGUGCUGAUGAUCAGAGAGGCCUGCUGAGAAAGGAGGACUUGGUGCUGCCUGACUUCCUGCGUCUGAAGCCCGAGCCUAGUGCACCUCCAUCCUGUUCCACUCCCACCUCCCAAAAAAAACAUGCUCAGGUCUCCAGCGAACCCCCACCCAUUACCUCCAAUGGACAUAACCCCAACGCUGAAGACGAGACAGACGCAUUUUCCCCGCCCCUCUCCCCCAUCCUCCGCCCACAGGGCCCCCCAGGGCAGGAUGGAGAGGGAUUGUGUGACCUCACCCUGGUGGGUGAGGGAGACAUCAGCAGCCCUAACUCUACUCUCCUACCCCCUGUGCCAACCUGCCCGCCCCCUCACGAUGCCAACAACACUCCUCCGUCGCCUUGCGCUCACAGAAACCCCAGCUCAGGUGCAGUGGAUGAAAGUGAGACUCCAACGAGCCACCAGCAUGAAAAAACCUCAGAGCCUUCUUUUGAGCAAAGGACUGAGGUGGACGAUGCCCCUCAGGAUGAGAGCUUUGAGGGCUACGCAGCUGAACUCCGUCAGUGCCAGAGCAAAAUGAGGAAUGGGACUUACUCCUCUAUCCAUCCUCCGCGUCCCCUCAACAACGUGUCACAUGGCAGCCAGAAUAACACAACACAAUACAAAGCUACAUUUGUAUAAAAAAUGAUAACGACAUUGAGAUUUUCUUUCUUUUUUUUUUUUCUUUUUUUUUAGAAAUGUGCACAAAAAGCACAAAUGGUGAUUGUGUAUAAAUGUAUUUUGUAAUGAUAAACAAUAACUUAUUGAAUGAUAAUGUGAAAGCUGUGAUUUUACAUUUUUAGAUAUUAUUAGAAAAUACAAAAAAUAAUAAACAUGAUGUAAAUUUGGGAUAUAUAUACAGUAGGUCCACUGAUGAAGAUAUAAGCAGUGAAUCUGCUUCAAAUGUUAAUAGCAAUGAAUGAAUGAUUGAGUGAAUGAAUAGUAAUAAAAUCGAUCGUGUUCAAGA